AUGCCAGAUGCAAAUUAUACUUUUGACGAAUACUGCGAGCUUGAAAGCGAAGGCAACUCACCAUUAAACUCGGUCAAUGUGGACCAGAGGCCUUGGCGCCCGUUCCGUACACGUCUUGACUUCGAGUUUGCAGAGAUAUUUCUUAGCGCCCAUCUGAGCCAUAAUCAGUUAGAGGUGCUUAUCGCUCUAAUUCAUCAAGCCAUCGCAUCACCGAAUGAAUUCACACUGAAAAAUGAUGCCGAUUUAACUCAAAUAUGGACUUUUGCACGGGAAACCCGUGCACAGGGAUUUAUCAAGACUCCCAUUUCGGUCGAUUACAAGGGUGAAAGCCUUACCUACAAUGUGUGGUACCGUCCCCUAUGGGAAUGGUGCCGUGAACUUCUUUUGGAUCCAGCACUUGUCCGAAGGUUUCACUGGAAUGCAGAACAGUUGUUCAUGUAUAAAGGAGAGAGGUUUGAGCGGAUAAUUGAUGAGCCGUGGACUGCGAACACUUGGUGGGACAUCCAGGUAUCAAAAUUCUAA